GGGAUCGAGGUGCACUUUUGACCUUGAAGCGAAAGUAGCAUGUUUCGCUGUUUAGUUAUAGUGCAGAAACGUAUAAAUAACAACGAAAUAGUGAAAUCAUCUUUAAAAUCCUGCAUCUUAUUUGUAAAAGGAACUAACAACUCUUGGACACAUUUGGCAAGAACGGCAAUCUUUCAUCGUAUUGGACUCAAAGCAUUUUCAAAUCAUCAACAUGUUCCAGUGGUAUUCUUAAGUUACAAGUCUCCGAAUCCAUUUGCACAGCCAGAGGGAUUAGGCCCCAAUCCCUGUGAUGAAGAUUAUAAUGAUGGUGUCGACAAAGAAUUCCGCUUGGUUUAUGCCCUACGCAAUAUUGAUAAGGGAUACAUGCUUAUCGCAGGCAUAGCAUUAGGCUUUCCUCUGCUAUUUCUGUUAAAGAUCAUCCAUUUCUUUUACAAAGAACAUGAAGAAUUGGAGUAUGCAUCCAAAGACCUGUGGGAGAUGUUCGAUAAUUGUGUGGAAAUCUACAACCAUCUUCCUGUAUCGACUGAGUGGCUGUAUGUGACCUGUCACAUCACUCUAUUUGGAGGACUUUUGUAUUUUCUUUUUGCAAGUAAUACCUUUGGUAGACUGUAUUACAGUGCUAAACGGGACAGUUAUAUAGCCAUCGUGUACAAGUAUGGAUUGAAGAGGAAAGUAGAAUUCAGUAGAAAAAACAUUGAAAGGAAACCUGUGUUUUAUGAAAAAUUCACUGAUAAAUUAAGAGUGGACAUUGGAAAGAAGAAAAGAUAUUAUGUUUACGAAAGUUGUUUUAGAAACAAUACUGAACGAAAUAGGUUUUUCUCUGAGAUGGCAUCUGAUGAUUAUAUUGAUGAAUUGAAUCAGUAAACAUGUUUUAAAGUGAAA